AUGAGGUCUCUGCUUCAACUAAGCCGCCGACUCUCGAGUCUUUCUUCUCCGAGGAAGCAACCUGCAGUUCUACUUGGUGGUAGUGUACGAUUCUUUUCGGAAACCCCUCUCUGCCGCAUCGACGGCGCUCAACCUUGUGGAUCUACCCCAAGGGAUGGGGAAAUCGGUAAACUCGUGAUUACCCUAGCUGCGAGUAAUUCUUGGCAGACUCAUACUCGGGACAAGAAGGUGCCCAUGAGUCUGAUGACGGAAACGGGAACGAUAGGGGGAUCCCAUGGCUGGGUGGCUACUUUGAAAGACGGCGUCGUGUGUCUUCAAGACGAUCUCUUCCCGGAUGCUUCGUAUUCAGAGCCCAAGCGGAUCUCGCUGCCUCCUCUCCAGACUCUGCCUCACUGCCAGACGCAGUUGGUGACCAACGUGGCCAUGUCGUCCGCUUCCCCCGACGAGGACGAAGAUUGCAUUCUCGCCGUCAAGUUCGUGGGGCCUCAGCUCAGCUUAUGCAGGCCUGCCCUCGGAGACAAGGCCGAGUGGUUCAACAUCAGAGUCACAGAUCCAGGCUUCUUCUCCUCCCGGGUCAUGUAUUCUGAGAGAGACGACAUGUUCUCCAUGCCCGGUGCGGGAGGCAAGCUCACAGGAUCUUGGGAUCUCGAGAACCACAGGGACAAACCCAAGUUGCUGGCAUGGCACUUUACAAGUCUUCUUGAGUUGGUGCACUCGGAGUGGCGGGCUUUAGAUAAUUGUAGCACGACGGAUCACUUGGUGGAGUCACGACAGACGGGGGAAUUGUUUAUGGUUAAGCAGUUCAGGGAAAGAAACAACCUUAGGGGAGGGAGGAUGGAACAGAGGCAAAUGAUGGUAUUCAAGCUAGUCGAGGAUGAGACUCCUUUGCCUGUUGGAGAUGGGUUUGCUUGGCCCACUAGAGACAUUGGAGAUCUCUGCAUUUUCCUCUCCAAGUCCGAACCUUUCUGUCUCAAUGCCAGCUUCUAUGGCCAUUUACGCCCCAACUCCGUCUAUUUCAUAGACCACAACGAAGAGGGAGUAUUCGACAUCAAGACUAGGUCAACGCCAAGUGUUUUUUCACCUUUCCCGGCCCCUUACUACAUUCCACCUCAGUCCUACCUUGAUGUUUAUGUGUAA